AAAUCCAACAAAAUUCUCUGUAAUUCGGCCCUACUGUCAAAAUUUCUUGUUUUUAAAGUAAUAAAAUGUCGAAACUUUUCAUUCAACCAUCCAUAAUGAAAUGGAGCCAAAACGUGGUCUCUAUGUGCAGUUUUGUUCGCUGCAGCAGUGGCCAUUCAUCAAACACCUGGACCUCCUGCCCCAAAUUAAGAGAAACGAAGGGAAACCCACCAGUUUGCCGCCCACUAGAUUUGAUGAGGCCAAAAUACUUUAAGGCCCCCGCCAACUGCAAAUCGGAUGAAGAAUUAUCGAAAUUGAAUCGUAAGUUAUUGGGUAUUCCACGCUGCAAUCCAACAUUCGUAUUGGAUAAGAAUUGUGACGUCGAUCCAUGUAAUCGCAUGGAUACGCUAUACUAUAAGCCAAGUCGCAGUUUGGAUCGUGAGUUUGACAAAUACUGGGUGGAGUGUGUCUAUCAGAAGCGUCCGAAGCUCCGUUGCUACACAAUGCCAGUAGAAUUCUGUCGCCGUGGACCAAGGAAAGCUGCCUGCAGCUGCUUGGGCAAUGCAUCCAAGUGUAGGGUACUCCUUAAAAUGGCAUGCACGAAGAUGAGUGAAGUGAGCAGCACCGCCUCCGAUCAAUGCAAAAAGCAUCCACUAUGCGAGUGCCCCAAAGCAUCCAAGAACACUCGAUGUCGCUUGUUACCGAAGCCCGGAAAAUGCCGACGACGUUUGACACGUUACCCAUCGUUCUCCGAGUGUCUUCAUUACCCUCUCUCCCCUGUCAAACUAAAUGAAUGCAAAUGUCUACAAAGUGGCUCACUGUGUGAAUUAUGGAAUUCAUACAAAAACAUUCGUAAACCAUGCUAAAAUGGAGUAGGCCUUGAUUUCUCCUGUCAAAAGCUGUCGACUGUAUGACUGUUGCUGGGGCCCAAGCAUCAUUCACUUCCAGUUUAACAUCUCAACAGUUGAGACGUGUGUAGAAAGCGUUCGGUUCAUAGAGCAAUUUUUUUGGACUUUUUUAUUUUUUAAUUAACAAAAUUUUUUAGUAACAAAUAAUAUGGUGCUCAGUCGAUGUUCACUGCGUGCCGCCCCUCUGCUGACUCCAUACCGUCAAAAGCUAGUGCAAGACAGGACUCUCACCACCGAGGAGAAGUUACGUAUGCGCUACUUGCGUCUGAAGCAAGCCAAGGUGCUGAAGGUCCCCAGCCACAUAGCCGUGCGACGCAGUGAAUCCAAAUGUGGCCAAGUCACUGAUGCCAACUGCCUUGAGGAUCCUUGCGGCGCGGAACCCUUGCCUCUGGACUUGGCCCACUAUAGGCCAACCAAUAAGGAAUGUCGUUGCUAUCAGCGUACGUGGUGUGAGUCCGUUCCGAUUCCACGACCUGUACAUCAGCCAUUUGAUAAAAUCUACCCGGAACGAAAGCGUCGGGAUCCCAAGAAGCUGGCUAAUAAAAAUUUGACGGCCUGCAAUCCCAACGAUAUUGUAGAAAAGCCACGGUCAAGAGCAAAGCUCUUUGAACUCUUCCGAGGUCCUUUGCCUUGCUGCAAGAUGACCGCACCCGGUUGCAAGGAGGCGCGAAAGGAUCCAACUUGUGCCAAUAGACCCCAACCGAGUUGCUGUGUGAAGCGAAGCACCAAGUAUCCGAGCUUCUCGGAAUGCCGAAAAUAUCUUGGCCCACCCAAUCCCAUUUGUGAGUGCAACAAGAAGCCGAGCACCUGCGAAAUGUGGACUUAUUUCAGGAACAAACGCUCCUAGGUCUUUACAACUAGAGGAUGAUUUCAAAUUUCAAAAGGAACCGACGCUUGAAAUUUAUUUUCUUUUUUGACCAAAACAGACUAGAAAUUAAAAAGAAAUGACUUAUCGAUAUUGGUAUACUGAUAA